GGCAGGAGCAAACGGUCGUGCAGCCAGGCAUCGAGCCGGCGCGGGCGAAUCAGGGUCCCGCGUGCCACAAGAAGCUCCUCACAAACCACGGUCGAGACACGCUCCCUCACCUCGACACCACCAUCGCCGCACAACUCAACUUCUUGGACAAUAGGGAUACUCUCAAAUCAACAAUGUCCAAAGCGCCUAUCGUCAAGGUUGCUGCCUCAGGGCAUGCUCAAGGUAGCCAGCGUAAAUGUACUGUCGACAAUGAGAAGCCAAAGCAUCCCCAGAAGCGGCCCAAGCUAGGACAGCUGCGCCUGCAGACUGAUGACAAGCCGCAGGAAUACGACAAUUUUCAAUUCCUGCAACUACCUCCUGAGGUACGCAAUCAGGUCUAUGAAUAUGCCACAGAGCACACGCACAGAUGCUUCCCCUUAUUGCACGGAACGCCGAAGAACACCAGGAGACGAAUGUUGCGGUCAGGCAACUCCACUGAACCAUCAGCAACGGCUAACAAGCCUAUCCCCUAUCUUGGAUUGACGCAGGUAUGCCUGCAGAUCAGGGCUGAGUUCCGUCCGAUGUGGCUUUCGACGCACCGGGUUCCGUUGAACUUCACAGAGUCCUAUUUCAAGGCCUUCUUCCUCGCACGCGUGCCAAAAGUCACGAGGUACAACAUCUUCGGUCUGAAUACUUCUAGCCUCCGGAUAUGGGUUCGCAAAGAUGACUUGGGCACUAUUUGGAACGGCUGCAUGGUGACCAGGCUGUUCAAGCACAAGGCCCGGUUCCCAACUUGCGCCAUCGCGUGUCAGUCGAUGCCUCAAACCGAAGAAUAUACUCUGCGACAACUCGAGCGACUGAUCAACCACGACGAUCCUGUAUGGAAGAAAGCAAUCACUACAAACAAGAUCGGCCAGGUUCGACUAUCCCUGCAGCCUGAUAAAACAACAGUAGCUAUGCACAUCGUCGUCAAAGAGAGGUUUGCGGAGGCGUGGAUGAAGGUCCUAUCCGAAAAGCCACCACACGCUGUCAUGGAAGGAUUCCUGAGGCAGUUUGGCUUUCCAGCAGAUGGCGGUUGGGAGGCUCAAGUGAGCGUUGACUACUCGUGAACGAUGGACUACCUGAAGUGCCUGUCUGUUUGGAUAUGCAGUACAUGCUUUACGUGGCUCGGUAUGUUUGUCAUAGACAAUUGAAUGAAGAGUACGAGUUCCUUUCCGA